GGGUCGCUUCUUCAGGAACAACAACGCGGCUACUCUUUCAACCGCCUCGGUAGCUUGCAAGCCAACAUAAAACUGAAAGAUUGACGCUUUAGACCACGUUUAUGUACAUUAGCUAAUCUCACUGUUGUAAACACAAUUCUGUAGACGUAUUAACUGGUUAACUUUAACCUAAUUUGCUUGUUCAAUUUGCAAACUUGUUAAAGAUUGAUGCUGAGCCUAGCACUAGGCUAGUCGCCAAUGUUAACUAGCUAACAUCCCGGACCAUGAACUCACUAAACUACUCCUCCCCUGCUAAAGAAGAGGAGGUCUGCUGGACGGAGAAAGAAGCUCUGGCGCUGAACAUUGUCGUGAAAGAAGAAGAGGAGGGUAUUACAGUGAAAGGAGAGAAAGAACCUUUCAGAAUGAAAAAGGAGGAAGAGGAGGCUGUUAUAGUGAAGGAAGAAGAGGCUGUUAUAGUGAAGGAAGAAGAGGCUGUUAUAGUGAAGGAAGAAGAGGCUGUUAUAGUGAAGGAAGAAGAGGUUGUUAUAGUGAAGGAAGAAGAGGCUGUUAUAGUGAAGGAAGAAGAGGCUGUUAUAGUGAAGGAAGAAGAGAAAGAACCUUUCAGAAUGAAAAAGGAGGAGGAAGAGGAGGCUAUCUCAAUAAAGGUGAAGGAGGAAGACGUUUUUGGAGUGAAAGAGGAGGAGACAGAAGAUCCGAUUAACACCACAGGAGAGAGACAUGACUAUGGUGGAUCCUCUGGGGAGCCUCAACAACAUCCUGAUGCUGACGAGUCAGAGAAGAGUCUCUCCAGAACAGAACACCAGAUGGUACAGCUUG